AUGACCAACUCCAAACCCAGUACCAUGCUUGGCAUUGAUCUUGGCACAUCUUCCAUAGUCGUCCACCACAUUGCAGACACUCGCACAGAAAAGAAUUCUAUUGUACCUCUUAAUUUCCAAGGAAAAGAAACUCUCCCUUCCUACGUAAUGAUUCAAGAAGGAGGCUCAGUAGCAUGUGGAGCUGCCGUUAAAGAUCAGAUUGCCAACAAUCCUUCAAGAGUAAUUUUCGGAGCUAAACGUUUGAUCGGUCAUAAGUAUCACGAUCGUCCAGUUCAGGAACUUUUCGAGAAUGUUGGUUUCGAAAUUCAACCUGACGAAGAUGAUAAUCCAUUAAUCGUAGUUGACGGCAAGAAAUACAUGCCAGAAGAAAUUUCCAGUUUCUUGUUAGAACAUGUAAAGGAAACAUACAAGAGCGCUACAGGCAAAGAAGCUACAGACUGCGUCAUUACAGUUCCAGCUAACUUCAACGACGCCCAAAGAAACGCUACCAAAACAGCUGCAAGAAUCGCCAACUUAAAUGUCCGCAAGUUCCUCAGCGAACCAACAGCUGCCGCCAUCGCCUACUACAACAUCGAACCAAAGGAUAAAAUCCAUUUGUUAGUUUUCGACUUUGGUGCUGGUACACUCGAUGUUUCCAUCGUUUACAUUGAUGGCCAGGUAUUCAAUGUCAAGGCUGUUGCUGGUAACUCAAACUUAGGUGGCGCAGAUAUAGAUAAAAUCAUCGCUGACUAUUGCAUUGAACAAUUCAAGAAGAAGCAGUCUGACUUUAAUCCAAAGGAUCCAAACAACAAGAAAAACAUGGCACUUCUUCUUAAAACAGCAGAAGAAACAAAGAUAGCACUUAGCUCAAUGGAUAACUCACAGAUUACCGUUCCAAACUUUUACAAUGGAGAAGAUCUUAGUGUCAAGCUUAGAGUUAGUAAGCUCAACAGCUUGAUUGAGCUAAUUCUUGACCAAAUUCCAACUCCAAUUCAUUCUGCCCUCAAAGCAGCUAGUCUCAAACCAGCCAACAUCGAUGGUGUCUUGCUUGUCGGUGGUUCCAGCAUGAUCCCAGCUGUUAAGGAUAAACUUGAAGAAAUCUUCCCAGAAAAGAUCAAGUCCGCCUUAAAUCCAUUGAAGGCUGUAUCUGCUGGUGCAGCCACAAUUUGCCAGAAAUUCAUGAAUGGUCAGCUCAGAGACUGCGAAGAUGUCAAGGAUUAUGUCCGUCAAAGAACUGUUUCACCACCAAUGUUCGCUCCAGGAACAAUCGCUGUCGUUGAUGUCCAGCCAAUUACCAUUGGUAUCAAGACAGCAAACGAUAGAUUCCAGAAGUAUAUCAUCUCCAACAAGCCAAUCCCACAGAAAACACAAAUUGCCUUCAAGGUCAAAGAGAAUAAUACUCUUACCAUUCAAGUAUACCAAGGCGAAAGCUCCAAGUGCUCAGAAAACAUAUUCCUCAGAGAUGUCACUUUCAAGAACAUUCCAAAGCAAUCUACAAACGUUCUUCUUACUAUCGCUAUUAACAAUGAAGGUAUGCUCGUUGUCGAAGCUAAUGAUCCUGAAACAGGUUACGCCCAGACAAUCGACUUCCACUACGAUGGCAAGCUCGAUGAUGCAAAGGUUCAGGAGAUUAUUAGAAGGCAUAAGGCUGCAAAUGAAACUGGAAAGAAGAAGGCUGAAGAAAAAUUAACUCAAUUAUACGAUGAAAGCAAGAAGUUGAAGAGCACCAAUAGAGAUUUAUAUAUGCAAAUUCAGCAUCAAAUCGAUGAAGCACUUGAUGAAAUCGAUGAAAUGGAAGAUUCAGGAGACUUCAAGAAAUUCUUUGAACUUGCUGAUCAAAUCAGUAAGAAGAUUCAGAGCAAUAUUUAG